AUGUUACUCCAUGUAAAAGAGGGCAGAUGCCUGCAAGGCCUAUCGUCCGCAUGUGGGGUUCACCAAGUUGCUAGCAAUGGUCAUAAUUGUGAUCAUAAUGUAGGCAGUUUCCAUGGGUGGCAGCUGCAAGCAAGGAAACAGGUAGACCAAAGACAUAGCCUUGAACGCGAGGAUCCUAUACGAAUCCACACUGGAAACGACAACCCGUGUCACAGACUAAAACUGAUAUCCGAACGGAAUUUCUAUCCUUCCUGGGCCCAUAAUUUAACUUGGACCAAAGCUGCUGGAUCACACUUCCUUUCUGUCCUCUGCCCAAGAGUAACAUCAGAGAACAUGAUUUCUAAGCAAUUUCUUCUGUUGGUCGGGCUGCUGGCAGCGACGGCUCAAGGGAUGAAAAUGGCGCGACAAUUGCCUGACUUCCAGUGCCAGAGUGCCGGCCUCUCGUGCCUCGACUGUGGCACCAUUGUCAUGUGCGUUGGCGACGAAACUCUCACCGCCUACAAGAUCAGCUGCGCUGAGAACCAGAUGUGCGGAGAGUCACGCGGCGUAGCGUCCUGCUUCGAGGAAACCUCUCCCGAGGCCGAGCAGUGCCACUGCGGAGACGACCACGGCAAGAAGCCGGACGUCUUUGACAACACCAAGUACAUCAUGUGCCUCCCAGACAGCUCCCAGGUGUCCGUGCCCUGCCCUGACAACCUCAUCUACAGCCACAGUGACCUCAACUGCAUAGAGCCGCCCACACCCACCACGCCCUACACGCCCACCUGCGACCAGGUUGGCUUCUUCCCGCGGCUGCCCGAGUGCACCAGCUACUUCGCCUGCUUCGUCGACAGCUCAGGAUCCCUCCAGGCCACAGCUGUCUUCGAGUGCAACAGCGGCCAACGCUUCGACGAGUCCGCCGGCAAGUGUGUUCCCGAGGGAGCCCUUCUCCCGCCAGCCUUCCAGUGCGGCGACGUCGAUGGGCCCGUGGCGGACACUGUGGAGUGCAAUGCCUUCCACAUCUGCUUUGCCGGGACCAAGCUGGGCGCCACGCUUUGCUGCGAGGAAGGCAAGAAAUUCGACCCUGACACCAACAGCUGCUCUGACUCUGUGGCAGAUGACAAGUGUCCGACGGUGGCUCAGUGCGUCGAUAUGUCCGCCUACGAGUAUGCAUGUGGAGGCCCGACCACCCCCCCUGCAGAAAGCCAGACAACAUCAAAAUAGUCUGUGGAUUCCCGCCUGGAAGUGUACUGGACAAAAUUUCGGACACAUGCUUCUCCAGAGCAAAAUUCAUAACGAGUAUCAAAAUGUUUAACUGCAUAAGUUAAAUAAGGAGUAAAAAAUAAUGGAACUGCGUCACUCAACAAAAGGGCAUUAUAACAGUGUGUUUCAGUUUCAGUUUAUUGGGUGUGGAAUAAAAUAUUCAAUGCAUGAUAA